GCCGGGCGACGCCGGGUCACGUGGCCGGCGGCCCCAUGACGUGCGGGCUGCGGGGCGUCACCGUGACGUUCGGGCGACCGGCCGAGUGGCCCCACUACCUUCGUCACCUGUGCGGCCGCGGUGCAGUCAUGGACCUGGGACCGAUGCGCAAGAGUUACCGCGGAGACCGAGAGGCAUUUGAGGAAGCUCAACUGUCCUCCUUGGACCCCAUGAAGCAGUUUGCUGCCUGGUUCGAAGAGGCUGUUCAGUGUCCUGACAUAGGGGAAGCGAAUGCCAUGUGUCUGGCUACCUGCACCAGAGAUGGGAAGCCCUCUGCCCGCAUGGUGCUGCUAAAGGGCUUUGGCAAGGAUGGCUUCCGCUUCUUCACUAACUUUGAGAGUCGAAAGGGAAAAGAGCUGGACUCUAAUCCCUUUGCUUCUCUUGUCUUCUACUGGGAGCCCCUAAACCGCCAGGUGCGUGUGGAGGGUUCCGUGAAGAAGCUGCCAGAGGAGGAGAAUGCAUGCUACUUCCACUCCCGCCCCAAGAGCAGCCAGAUUGGGGCUGUGGUCAGUCACCAGAGCUCUGUGAUCCCCAAUCGAGAGUAUCUGAGAAAGAAAAAUCAGGAACUGGAGAAGCUCUACCAGGAACAAGAGGUGCCAAAGCCAAAAUACUGGGGUGGCUAUAUUCUAUACCCGCAGAUGGUGGAGUUCUGGCAAGGCCAAACCAACCGCUUGCAUGACCGGAUCGUCUUUCGGCGGGGCCUCCCGACAGGAGACUCCCCUUUGGGACCUAUGACCCACCGCGGGGAGGAAGACUGGCUCUAUGAGAGACUUGCGCCCUGACUCCCAGUCUGUCGGAGUCCAGUGGAGCUGGGGCUAGGUGCUGAGAGAGGAUAUGGAAUCCAGGCCCUUCUAAACUCAACCCAUUUCCCUCCCCACCUCUUAUAUUAGGGUUCUUCAGAGUUCAUCCUCCAGGUUCUCUCAGUUGGCUCUCAACAAGUUGUCUAGUGGACUGUAAUGGUGGCAUGGAGAAUCACAAAUGGAAAAUAAUCCCGUAAUUAUUUUCUUGAUUUUAACAAUUUAUUGGAAUAGCUCCCUCUAGGGGUAGCAGCGGGUAUGAGUCCCUUUUCUGGUAACACAGGGUGGUUCCCCAGCAACCCUGUCUGUUACCACGUGACUGAGUCAUUCUGGCCAAAGCUGAUUGGUCCCAGCAUAAGCUACUGAGCCAAUCUAGCCAAUCAGUUUUUCUUGCCAAUGAUUUCAAAUUUGAAAUGGAGAGACCCAGAGUGUGGGAGUCAUGGUAGCCAUGGUAGCCAAGUCAUUAAUGGCAGCCAAGAAGUAAUAGCCCCUGGCUGCUGCUUGGAAUUCCCUAAGUCGCCCUGGAUCCCUCCUUUUCAUAACUGGACUGUGCAAUUCCUCUUCCUGCCUCAAACACCCACUGUCUCUAAAAAAAAAUUUUUUUUUGACAUGAACUAACAGAAUCAGUUUCUGUUGCUCACAAAUAAAAGAACCUUAACUAAUUUAUUAAUAAAUAUUUUCAUAGCUUUUAGUGUACUGAUAGCUACCUUCCAUUAUCUGAAGCACAGCAAUGUGAAAAAAGACAUUAAAUUUAUUCUCUGUAGCUCCAAAAGACCCAUAGGUGGAUAUUACACAGAAAUUUCGAUAUGGGGAAAUUUCAUCUCGAUAUGGGGAAAGAUUUCAAGCAAUCGGGGCUGCCUAAAAGGGAGUGGGCUACCUGUUAGGUAGUAAGUGUUCUCUUACUGGAAGUAUUCAAUCCAGUCAGGAGUUUUGUAGAAGGGAUUCGUUUGCUGGUACCUACAGGUCAGGAAAAUUUUAAUCAAGCUUUACUUUCCAUGUUUAUUUAUGAACAGUAUUUAUUUAUUUAUUUAUUUAUUUCACUUUCUAGGUGUAAAAUUAAAUUUUUAUAGAGACUAUGCCUUUCUAACUACUCACACAUCCCCUUCCCCUACUCCUUAUCUCUACUGAUUAUGGCUCCUACAUCAGUGGUUUUCAUCCAUGCUGGAAUUAUCUGGGGAGCCUUAAAAAUCCUGAUGCCUGGGUCCCACCCUUAGAGAUGAUUUAACACUUACGAGUGAAGCCUGGGCUUUAGGAAAUUUAAAAGCUCCCCAGGGAACUCUGUGCAGUCAAGGUUGAGACCCCUUGGUCUAGAUCUUUGCUUCUCAUAGUGGCCUUAGGCGGGCAGCAUUAGCAUCACUCGGGAGCCCACCCCAGACCCACUGGAUCUCAUCCUGCAUUUAACAGGACCCCCAGGUGACUGGAUUCAUUGGCCUCAACCUCUAAACCAAUGGCCUCCCACCCUCACAAUUGGAUUCUUCAAUAACCCUUGGCUGAGGCCUGUGUUGAACUGUGUUUGCUUUCCUUGAACACAAAUCUGGUGACCGGAGACAGCCUGGAUGAGUGGCCUACAGUCUGCAGAGAGGAGUCAGGCUGGGUAAAUGUUUGCUGUGACUAAGCCAGGAUCAGAGAACUUAUUUGUGCACGUUGGCAUUGAACUUUCCACUCUAAACUGUGAUUCAUUCCACUGUAUUGGGUGUGUGCUUCAAUGUCUCUAUUAUUGACCAAUUCCCCCAAGGGCCACCUUCUUGGUGUUGAUCCCCCAUUAAGGCUGACUGCCAGAAGGCACAAAGCUAAUCCUGCAGCCACCUACAGGAGAAAGUGGUCGAGUGCCUUCCCCUACCUUGUCCCGUUUGUGUUACCGGAAGCCGUGUAUCCCCCAGCUUUGAGCCUGGUCUCAGCUGUUUCCUUCCUGUUCUGUCGGACAAUCACUUUGCCAAGUCUGUAAUAAAAACUCAUCGGACA